UUGUAUCAUGUCUGGACGCGGCAAGCAGGGUGGCAAGGCUCGCGCCAAGGCCAAGACCCGCUCCUCCCGGGCCGGCCUGCAGUUCCCCGUGGGCCGCGUGCACCGUCUCCUCCGCAAGGGCAACUACGCGGAGCGGGUGGGCGCCGGCGCCCCGGUGUACCUGGCGGCCGUGCUGGAGUACCUGACGGCUGAGAUCCUGGAGCUGGCUGGCAACGCGGCCCGCGACAAUAAGAAGACGCGCAUCAUCCCGCGCCACCUGCAGCUGGCCAUCCGCAACGACGAGGAGCUCAACAAGCUGCUGGGCCGCGUGACCAUCGCGCAGGGCGGCGUCCUGCCCAACAUCCAGGCGGUGCUGCUGCCCAAGAAGACCGAGAGCAGCCACCACAAAGCCAAGGGAAAAUAAGUCGUUUAAAACAACCUUUUAGCUAUGCCAAAG